CGCUCAGAAUUUCGUCAACCUGUUCUUUCUCUAUCUCUAGGCGUCGGCCGACACCAGGUCACUGUCAUCCAAGGUUGUCCCGCUUGUACCCCUCAUGAUCCUCCCGUCCUCAUUGUCCACGGAACAGGUCACUCUUUAUUCAUGCUCCCCGUUUUCCACAACAACCAACCAGGAUUCAGGAUUUCCGAGCCGAGAUAG